GAAGCAUUUGAGCGCUGCACCGCCCGGCGCCAUGCCCUUCAGCCCGGCGCUCGGAGGAGAAAGCCGGCGGCUUAGGCCCCGGCGGUGGUCGUGGUGGUUUUCUUUGUAGUUGGCAUCUGAAGCCGGGCCUCACGUGGAAACGGCGUCACCAUGUUGAGCGGACGGCCGGGCCGAAUGCCCUUGCAGUUCCUGCCGGAAGAGGCCCGGAACCUGCCGCCGCCCAAGCUGACCGACCCGCGGCUCGUCUACAUCGGCUUCCUGGGCUACUGCUCCGGCCUGAUCGAUAACGCGCUCCGGCGGAGGCCGGUGGUGUGGGCCGGUUUGCAUCGCCAGCUUCUAUAUGUUACUUCCUUUGUUUUUAUCGGCUAUUAUCUUUUAAAACGUCAAGACUAUAUGUAUGCUGUGAGGGACCAUGAUAUGUUUGCAUACAUGAAAUCCCAUCCGGAGGAUUUUCCUGAGAAAGAUAAGAAAAGUUACCGUGAAAUUCUUGAAGAAUUCCACCCAGUGCGUUGAAGUUUUCAAAAUGCUCCAGAUUCACCGAGAUCUGUUAUAUCCAAAUGUUAUGAAACACAUUUCCAGAAGGCUGAAGUUUUAUGUGAAUCUGUAUGUUAACUCCUGUGAUUAAAAGAGUUAUCAUGAA